UUUGAUUGUAUCGAAAUGCAUGAUGCGUUUGAAUGCACUGCAGUCGUCGAGAAACUACCGAUACAGAUUGAAUCAGUCGCCACGUGCGGUGCGACGUUGCUUGUUGGCACGAAUAAAGGACAUUUGUUGCUCUAUGAAAUGACGUCAUCAGGAGAUGGUUCGUCGCAGAGGUUGAAAGUUGAGUUGAAACGGACAAAUAGAAACUUUGCUAAGAAGCCUAUUGGACAACUGGAAGCCAUUGGAGAACUUGGAAUAAUUAUUAGUUUGGCGGACAACAUUGUUAGUGUUCAUGACUUGGACACAUUUGGUCUACGAUCAACACUAAUGAAAACGAAAGGGGCCACACUGUUUGCUAUUGACUUUCAGGCUAGUCGGCUGUUCAAAUCAUCAGCUCACAACUACAAACUACGAAUGUGUGUUGUUGUCAAACGAAAGCUAGAGUUGUUUGAGUGGAUUGAUGGAAGCUUCGAAGAGUUGAAGUCUGAUCUUGGACUACCAGACAUAGCAAAGACAUUAGCAUGGUGUGGAGAUUCAUUGUGUGUUGGCUUCAAGAAGGAAUAUAUUUUUGUUAAGGUUGCUACAGGUGAGAUUACUGAUCUCUUUCCAACGGGAAGUAAACAGCAGGAGCCGUUGAUUACAGUGAUACCUAAAGCUCCUAAUACAGAACUGGCACUAGGCAGAGAUGAUGUGACUAUAUUUAUUGAUGCUGUCAGUGGGAAACCAACUCAGAAACAUGCAACAACAUGGAGUAGCACGCCUGUGUGUUUAGCCUACAGUCAGCCAUAUCUCAUUGCUGUAUUACCAUCGCAAGUUGAGAUACGUACAAUUGAACCUCGCACAUUAGUUCAGAGCAUCGAGUUAGCAAAUCCAAGGUUCAUCACAAUCAAAGAUUCCAUUUAUGUGGCAUCGCAGUCGACCGUGUGGCGCCUGUCACCUGUCGCCACAUCAGUGCAGAUACAGCAGCUUAUUCGGGACAAACAGUUUCAGCUGGCACUCAAUUUGGCAGCAAUGAUUGAUGAUGAUGAUCCGACCAAGGCAGAUAUUGUUCACAAAAUUCAGUAUCGUCACGCUUUUAGUCUGUUUAUUCAGCGGCGGUUUGAAGAAUCAAUGAAUAUAUUUACUGAAAUUGACACUGGUCCCAUAGAGGUUACAGCUCUCUUUCCAAAUCUCUUACCGAGUGGAUUUCGACGAACAGUGGAGUUUCCUAUCCCCCCACCGACUCUCGUUGGUGUAGAUUUGGAGAAAGGUCUCACUGCCCUCACCACUUAUCUCAUGCAGAAACGCUCAGAGCUUCAGAAGAGCACCGAGAAGAGUAAACAAAGCAAAGAGAAUGCACAGAAGAGACAGAUGGGUGACGACGUGAGAGGCAAACGUGGCAGAGAUGACACGCCAGAUAGACAGUCAGGAGACGACAGAAAGUCAGCAGAAGAACGAGCAGAAAUCAGCCAGAUCAUUGACACAACGUUGCUGAAGUGUUACCUGCAGACAAAUGAUGCUCUCAUUCGUCCACUUCUGAGUCUAAAAGACAACAAUUGUCACGUGGAAGAGUGCGAACGUGUGCUAACACGAGCCGAGAAGUACAGCGAACUCGUACUACUAUACGAAAGCAAGGGCAAACACAAGAAAGCGUUGGACUUGCUGCUACAGCGAGCUCAUAACAAAGUUGGUUCUCUACGUGGGCACGAGAGCAUGGUGAAGUACUUGCAGAAAUUAGGACCAGAAAAUAUUGGUUUGAUUCUCGAGUUUUCUCGAUGGAUAUUGGACAAGCAUCCGGAGGCAGGACUGAAGAUAUUUACAGAAGAUGUGUCUGAAGUGGAGAGUUUACCUCGGCAGAAUGUGUUGGACUUCUUGCUGGGCAUCAGUCAGGAUCUGGCCGUGCAAUACCUGGAGUCGAUAUUCACCACCUGGAAGGAUCAAACUCCAGACUUUCACAACCAACUGAUCAUGUUCUACAAGGACAAAGUCGACCAUCUCUGGGACCCUCAGUAUGAGCAUCUAGCAGCAGGAGAAGAACCUGGUGAGUUGGGACGAUAUCGACGGAAGCUGCUGGCGUUCCUAGUCUCGUCAAAGUUCUACAAACCCGAGAGGCUCAUCACACGUUUUCCUCAAGGAAAAAUGUUUCAUGAACGAGCUUUGUUGUUGGGUCGACUCAAUCGGCAUGAGCAAGCGUUAGCCAUCUAUGCUCUUGUGCUAAAGAACAUGCAACUCGCCAAAGAUUAUUGCUCUCGUAUGUACAACAAGGAUGAAGAGCAAAGCAAAGACGUCUAUCUUUCUCUGUUCACCAUGUAUCUCAAUCCACCCGACUUUCAGAAGCUUGGAGUCAUUGUUGGUGGGGGCGUGUCCGUACCCACUCAGCCAAACAUCGAGGCUGCACUACAAGUUCUUGUUGAACAUCAUCACGAGAUUGACACACCAAAGGCUCUCAGUGCGUUGCCGUCAUCGACAAAAUUGGAGAGAGUUCUACAGUUUCUUGAGAAUGUUGUGGAGAAGCAGUCGGUGCAGAAGCGACACAGUCAAGUGCUGAGAAGCCUUUUCUUCUCGGAAUUAUUGCAAGUUGAACAGAUGAGAAUUCGUGCUGAAAGUCAUUGUAUUCCCAUCGGUGAGGAGCGACUGUGUGAGUCUUGUAAGAAGCGUCUAGGAACAAGCGCAUUUGCACGCUUCCCAGAUGGCCGAAUUCUUCACUUCUGGUGUUAUGAGCAAAAGAUGAAGAGAAGAAGCCAAGGCAAGCUUUUGAUAUGACAACCAACAAGUAAGAUGUUAGAGUAGUGACGCCAUUUUAUGUUUGCUAUAAUCAGACAAUGGACGGUGAUCAGCUUUGUGUCAUGUUCUAUUCUAGUAUUGCAUUUGCAGCAUUCGAAUUAAUUAAUUGACAAUAGGUAGAUGUUCACAGGGUAGACGACACAAGAAUUGAUUUUGACACACAC